UGGACAGCGGAAGGGAAGCAUGGCUGCGGCUUGUGCACCGCCGCCUCUGGAUAAGGGGCAGAUUAAAAAAGCAGUUCACGCCCUGCUUGCUCACCACAAGACCAGGCAGAAAACAGGAGAGAAGGUGCUCCUGAAUGAAGACUUGAAUUUCUUUUUGACGGUCACAGUAUGGAAAAUCCCAGCAUGUGAACAAGUAGUCAAAAUAACACUGCCCCAUGGCAUUUUGCCUGCCUCCGCGGAGGUCUGCCUGUUUACCAAGGAUGAGCCUGGCUUAACAGCUGAACAGACGGAGAACUUGUACAAGAAACUCUUGAGUCAGCAUGGGAUCACAAAAGUCUCUGAGGUCAUUUGUUACAAAACCCUGAAAAGCGAAUACAAGUCAUUUGAAGCAAAGCGUCGUCUUCUGAACAGAUUUUCUCUUUUUCUGUCUGAUGACCGCAUUCGAAGGCUUUUACCAUCUCAUAUAGGGAAGCACUUUUAUAGGAGCAAAAAGUCUCCUCUCUCUGUGAACUUGAAAGCCACGAAACUCGACAAGGAAAUAAAUGGGCUUAUCCAAGGAACCACUCUUCCAGUCACCAACAAGGGUUGCUGCUUUACUGCACGCGUUGGCCAUACUGGGAUGACUGCAGAGAAAAUAGUAGAAAAUGUUAUCGCUAUUGUGGCAGCGAUUGCUGCUAAAGCUCCUAAGGUCUCUCGAAGCAUUAAAAUUCUUCACCUCAAAACUGAAAAAUCGGUCGCUCUUCCAAUCUUUCACCGGAGUCAUCCAGGUUCAGAGGCCCUUCAGAAAUCAACGGGCAUAAAAGGGCAAAAGAUUAAAAAGAAGAACAAGAAGAAAAAGAAUCAGACGAAUGAAAGUAAAGGGCAGACUCCAGGCAAAGCCAGAGAGCUGGCUGCAAAUGUCCCAGCUCCUGGAAGUCUGAAGAGAGAGAAGGAGGUGGAAAUCUCAGAUGCUGUGGGACCAGAGCAGGAAGACGAUGAGGGGAUUCCGCUGCUGGUGCCGAUUGAAACCUGUGUGCAAAAAGAUAAGGUGGCAGAGACUAGACCUUCUCCAAAGAAAGGAGUUGAGGUGGACCCCAAAGGCCUUCUCCCUGGCAAGAGAAAGUCCUCUUUGUCUCUAGAGGCUCCCAUUACAGAACUGGAAAUUCCUAAGGAUGGGUCAAGCCUGAAGACCCCAAAACUGCUCAAGCGAGGCAAGAUAGCCAAGCCUCCGAAACAAGAGGUCACGGCUAAGGAGUUGGCAAAGACUUCCCCGAAGCCAGAAACGAAGUCUGCAGUGAACCCCAGAAGGAAGAAAGCCGUAAUGUCUGCAAAGAAGGCCCUCAGAACACCAAAACAAGCAGUUAGGAAAACAGUAUUGUUAAAGUCAGUGUGACCAAUGCUGCAUCAUAAAAUUGUGAGCUGGUUUUUUUAAAAAAACAAAUCAAAAACCCAGAUGUUUAGCAAAGAAGAUAGCUUGAAUUGUUUCUCCUCCUGUUGCUAAAUGUAUAAUUUACUUGUUGCUAUCUGCAGUCACUGUUUGUGGGGCUGUACAAACUGAUUUUUUACUCUCAUCUAUAAAAUCAGACAUUAUUUUCAACACAUGAGUUAUAUCAUAAUGUUGUUCUGCCACUUAAUUCAGUUUCCAUUCUUCCAACACGAUACACACCAGAUCUUGCAGUCUGAUUUUAAAGUAAGUUUAGUUGGAUAUAAGCAGAUUUACUGCCACUGACUUGGUUAGGACUUGGAGGGUUGGAGAAGGGGAAUCAAAAUAUUUAUCUGAGUUUCUUUUCCAAAUUGGUGCUUUUCAGAUAUUUGACUUUGUUAAUCCAGCUUCUGUCAUCUUGUGUUUAUAGAAAUUGUUUAUAGAAACU